GCCAGCAUCCCGGAGUCACCUCUUCAAUGUUGAAAUUGGGACUGGUGUUUUGCGGGGACUAUUUAAUGAAACUGCCAGUUGAAAACAUCUGAGGCGUUUGUUUUUCAAACUAUACACAUGUAUUUUCCUCUUGGUCAGUUGUGCAUCCAGACUCCCACUCCUCUUUCUAUUCUGGUUAGAGACAGUGGACGCUGUUCUGUGAAGGAAGUAGUACACAGAGUGGUACAAGAGCUUCAGUUUCCUGAAAUAGCCUUCAUUUCUCAGAACAAGAAUAGACUAAUGAGUUUCAGAAGAAAGUUCUUGGUAUCUGGUCAUUUUGAGCCUGUAAUCACUGAUGCUCCAGAUACUCAACCAGACAACAGAAGGACAGUUUUCUUGCUUCAUUAAACAGCACAACGGUUUUCAGCGGUGCUAACAUAAGCACAAAAGGGUUUUCUAAUGAUGAAUUUGCCUUUCAAAAUGAUUAACUUGGAUUAGCAAACACAAUGUGACAUUGGAACACAGGACUGGGGGGUGCUGAUAAUGGGCCACUGUAUGCCUGUAUGUAGAGAUUCCAAUACAAUUUCUAUAGUCAUUUACUAUAUCAACAGUGUCUACAUUGUAUUUCUGAUCAAUUUGAUGUUAUUUUAAUGGGAAAUAAUAUGCUUUGCUUUUGAAGACAUUUGUAAGUGACCCCAAGCCUUUGAAUGGAAGUGUAACUAGAAAGCAAAAUACAUCUCAGAUAUUGAGAUUCUUCUAACCCUGGCACUGCAAGAGCCAGGAACUGUGUACCAACUGUGCAACAUGGGACAUGCCUGCCAAUGUAUUACCAUCAAGGAGAGUGUUUUGGGUGUGGCACAUAGAAAUUGUUAUUCAAAGGGCCUGCUGAACCAGAGAACAUUAGUCACAUGCAGCUGUGAUACGCUCUGCACACACACUCACUGAAAUACACACACAACACACACUCAAAAACAUGCACUAACACACACACUAAUCAAUUUUUUUUAACUCAGAUAUCCAUUUAAACAUGAUACUUAACAGAGCAGUUUCAAGGAUCCCUUCAUUGAUGGUUCUUCUGGCACUUUUAGAUGGUGGGUGAACAUUUCGUCAUGUUACUACUUACAAAUUAGAACUUUCAGGAGCACUGAAAACUAUCAUUUCCAUAUCUUGUUCAAAACUGGUCAAACUCAGAGCCUAACUAUUUCAAAUUCUAACCUUACUUUCCCCUUAUAGUUUGCAUUUGUUCAUAUCGACUCAAACUUUUCGAAUUACCUAAAGAGCACUUGACUGCAAAGGAAGGGUCCUGCAUUACAAUUGAAUGCACUGUCAAUGGGAUUAUAAAAGAUAAAAAAGAACCGCUAUGGUUUUGGAUGAAAAAUGCACAGUGGGAUGAUGAAAAACAAAAAUACAGCGGCACCAUAAUUGUAAGCAAUAAUCCUGAGGAUCAAACGGCAGCCCCUGACUUGGCACCCAGAGUGAGGUUCCUUGGGUCUCAAAAUUUUAAACUGGCCAGAAAAGGUGACUCGUGUGGCCUGUACAUCCACAACCUGCAGAAGACAGACAGUGGAAUCUACAAAUUCAGAUAUAUGGGAAAGAGAAAAUGGAUGACUCAUCCAGGUCUGAAUCUUACUGUUGAAGAUGAGCCAUGCCGGGUUAAAGUUAACAACCAGCCAGUGUUCAAAGAGUCUGACAGCGUGACCAUUAAAUGCUCCACAUUUGGGUUAUGUGGAUCAUACCCAGAGGUCACAGGGCUUAGUCAAACCAUCCAACCUUCUCACAACGAAGAGGACAACAUUAAAAUCACUGAGGUCAGCUUUAAUGCUAGCUGGAUGGAUGAUGGGAGGGUGCUGUCCUGUCAACCACCGGGCACCAAAGAUAAUUGUAUGGUCAGGGACAUCAAGCUGACUGUUGAGUAUGCCCCCAAGGAGACCAUCUCCUGGAAAAGUUCCUCUGAUAUAAAGGAAGACGACAACGUCAUUCUCACUUGUUCCAGCAGAGGGCACCCUAAUGCCACAUACUACUGGUAUAAAGAAAAUUCAUUAAUACAAAACAGUGAAGCAACGUUUAAGAUUUCUUCCAUCAAACCUGAAGACAGUGGGAAAUACCACUGUGAAGCUGUAAACAAACAUGGGACCAAUAAAUCAGAAGCUAUCACACUCAAUGUUAAAUAUGCUCCAAAAGGAGUAAGUGUGGUUACUGAUGACAUGACAACUCAGUACAAGGAAGGAAGCAAUUUCAAAUUAAUUUGUGAAGUGAAUAACGGCAAUCCAUCAGUUUACAUGUACUCCUGGUAUAAAGACAGUGAUAUGCUGACGGGCCACGAACGUACAUACAAUUUCACCAAACUAGAACCUGAACACACCGGAAAAUACCAGUGUGAGGGGACCAAUGAAGCAGGCUCCAGACGAUCACCAGAAUAUCAGAUAAAUGUACAAUAUGUUCCCAGAAACACUUACAUCGCUCGGAGUGAAGGAAGCCAGGUGGAGGUGGGCUCUUCGUUGUCAAUGACCUGUGUAGCCGAAGCCUAUCCUGCCCCCAGUGGCUACACCUGGUACUACAAGAGAGGAAAAAAUUACCAAUGGACGGAACUCUCACAAACAGGCUGGACACUAAGCUGGGAAAGAGUGGACUUAGAUACACACGGGUGUUACAUGUGUAGUGUCAACAAUGACAUCGGCACAGGACAGCAAAGUAGCCAAUCAUGCAUUGAUGUUCUCUUUACUCAGGAAGACCCAGACAUCUCAGGGAUGGCUUCAGGAAUAUUCUGCAAAUGUCUUUGAGUGGCCCAGCCAGAUCCCAUACCCAACCCUGUUCAAACAUCUCUGUAAGGAACUGAAUGGAUGUGAAGUAAUAGUUCCCAUCCAACCAGCUUGAGAGGAUCUGCAGACAAGAAUGAGAGAAUCUCCCCAAAUACAGGGGUGUCAAGUUUCAAACCCAAGAGGACUUGAGACUGCCAAAGAUGCUUUAACCAAGGGGUCUGAUUGAAGUGUUCUGAAUACUUACGUAAAUAUAAUAUAUGUAUUUUUAAUAUGCAAAAAUCUGUAAAUAUGAAAAUUGUGUAUUGUGUGUAGAUUAAUGAUGAAACAUUUGUGGAAGAAUUAUUUUCGAAUGUAGUAUAUGUGCAAAAGCAACUGCAGUGCUAUACAGUCAAUUCAAAAAGUAUUGGGACAUUAUUGGCAAAUUGAACAACACAAUGAUUUAUUUUAUUAUUCUUUAAUUUCAACAGAAUUAUUUCUUAAACACAAACGCUAAAGAAUAUAUAUAUUUGAAUUAACAAAAUUGCAGCUGUUGUGAAAUUCUAUGCUUUUUAGAUGGUCUCAGGAUAUUUUAGCCCAAAACCUGGUUGCCCGGCCUGCCAGGACAUUGAGACUUGACCAUGGAUGGAUCAUCCAACGUCUCCAGUGUUUUAAGUAUAUGCAAACAACAUAUUAGUGUACAAGAGUUGAAUAAUGUAAUUACAUUGAGUUUCCUGAGUGCCCUGUUAAAACAGAUGAAGACAGUAACAACAAAAAUGUUGCUUUUGAUAUUUUAUUUUUUACCCAGUUUAGAAGGCACAUUUAAACAAUUGCAGAUCACAUGAAGAAGAAUUCCGGAUGUCCCCUUGUGUCCUGAGAGGACAGGAUAUUGAUAGUUGAAUCUAAAAUUAAAUAGGCUAUUUGGCUUGUAAGAGAUUGUAAGUCCUCUUAGACCUGCUUCACUCUAGUCACAACCUAAGUGUUGCAGAAGUUUUUGUUUUAUUAUCCUGAACCAUGUUGACAUACAGUAGUGAUCAUUAUAAAUAAUGUUUAUUUCUAGAGCACUUUCUUUACAAUGCUAAUUAUUUUGCCAAGCUUACAAUCAAAAUUGUAGUAACUUUAAGUGUGUCACAAUUGCAAUGUUAACCCUUAUGCAUACUGUAGACAAUAUAGGAGUAAAGUUUUAUUAAAUUCAUAAAGUGCUUUUCAUGACAA